CCGGCCGCAUCUCGACAGAGUCAAAAUGCUCGCCGCACACCUCUGGCGCUGUGCCGUGCCGUGCCGGCGGUCGUAGUAGUCUCGUAACGGGACCCGCGCACGCACUGAGACGAUCUUAGCGGCCAGCGCGGUGUGUCUGUGUGUGUGCGCACGCACUCCGGUGUCUCCGCCGGUCGUAACACGCGGGAGUCGGCCCGUUGACGGGGAGACUCACUUUCGGUUUCGUCCCGUGCUCACCCCUCAGCAGGGACCCACCAAGUGCAGACAGCCUCAGCAUCGCUGGUUCUCCCAUCCGGUCCGGCAUCCCAAGCUCCCGAUCUUCCCCGAGAAGCCUCUUGCGAUGCAACUGUGGCCGGCAUCGCGCGACCUGACCCGCAGACACGGAGUACCGCAGUUCGUGGUUGUCGCCGUCGUCUGAAUUCGUCGAGGUCCUCGUUUUCCUCAUUUAUUAUUAUUUAUUUUUUUUUUCGGAGCGUCCGCGCUCACCGGGCGUGUUGUGUGCGCGCUCGGGCCGGUUAUUUGGAUUGUCGCCACGACGACGCGGUCGCCGAUCGUCAGAUGACGCCUGAAGGACAGCGCUACCGUGACGCGACGAGCCCGGGCCCCGAGCACAGUGGAUACGAGCCCCCGCGUCGACCGACGGCCAGGAAGCCCAAGGUUGUUCGAUGGCGAUCAGCAGAAACGAGCGGCGCCACUCCUAUUCUUCCAGUCCUAGUAUUCACAUUUUCAGUCAUUUCACUCGCCAAAGGUCUGAAGAUCAGCCCAAAGUCAUGCGAGAACGCCAUCAGCGAACGGGGUACGUGCAUGUUUGUGUGGGAGUGCAUCAAGCUGGACGGAAAGCACCUGGGCACGUGCACGGACGGCUUCCUGUACGGCUCCUGCUGCCAGUACGACGACAGCGAGAACAGCGUCGCGGGGGGCCUGGCGCCCGAGCCGCCUUCUUCGUCCACGACGACGACAACAAAACCACCGCCUUCGUCGUCACCGCCGCCGCCGCCGCCGCAGAAGCAGCGCCCGAAGCCGCCUCAGCACGCCAAGCCGCCACCGGGCAAGCCCGGCGCGACCACGAGCUUCAACACCAUCUCUGUUCCCGGCUAUCCGCAGAGAAAUUUUACGCUCAUCUACCUGACGCCCACUUCGCCCACGCCGACCACGACCAAGAGGCCCUCGACGACCAGGAGAACGUACAGGCCUUCGGCUAGGCCGAGCACGACGUCCUCGUCGUCGUCUACGAGGAGACCGGCGGUGACGAGCACGACGACACCCGCGACCAGCAGCACUCCGACGGUGGCCAGCGUGGUGGUGACGGCGACCAGGUGGCCGCCGACGUUCCGGCCUCCCGGCAUCACCACCUUCUGGUCGCUGUUCAGGCCGCGGCCGACCCUGGUGCCGAUCAUCACGUUUCGGCCGACCCGCCGGCCUCCGACGAGGCCUCCGACGACCACACGGAGGACUACGACGAAAACGACCACGACAACUAGGACGACGACCAAAAGACCGGGCCGGCCUCCGGGUCCGCAGCGGCCGCAGCACGGCACGCAUGGCCGGCCGACGACGACGCGGAGGCCGCCGGCUACGCCGGCGGCGCACACUGGCAGCGCGUCGACACCCGCGGGUUCCAAGAGACCGGUGCCACCGAGCCAGCUGCUGAACAAGAGGCCUAAAGGCGAGUGCGGGGUCCCGUCCAUCGUGCCGCAAACCAAGGUCGUGGGAGGAAAGAGCGCUGCGUUCGGAGCGUGGCCAUGGCAGGUUUCCGUACGAAGGACGUCUUUCUUUGGGUUUUCAAGCACUCAUCGCUGUGGAGGCGCCAUCCUGAACAAAUACUGGAUUGCCACGGCUGGGCAUUGCGUGGAUGACCUGCUGCUGAGCCAGAUCCGCAUCCGGGUGGGCGAGUACGACUUCUCGAGCGUGCUCGAGCCAUACCCGUACGCGGAGCGCAGCGCUAAGAAGAAGGUGGUGCACCCCAAGUACAACUUCUUCACCUACGAGAAUGACCUGGCGCUGGUCAAGGUGGACGAGCCCUUCGAGUUCAUGCCUCACAUCGCGCCCAUCUGCCUGCCGCCCGACAACGAGUCCGACGACCUGAUCGGCCGGAACGCCACCGUCACGGGAUGGGGACGCCUAAGCGAAGGUGGAGUACUGCCGUCCGUGUUGCAACAGGUCAAGGUACCCAUCGUGAGCAACGAAAAGUGCAAGAACAUGUUCCUGGCAGCUGGAAGGCACGAGUACAUACCCAACAUCUUCAUGUGUGCUGGCUUCGAAGAAGGAGGCAGGGACUCUUGCCAGGGAGAUUCCGGAGGUCCUCUCCAGAUACAAGCCAAGGACGGUCGAUGGUUUCUGGCUGGCAUCAUAUCGUGGGGCAUCGGAUGCGCCGAGCCCAACCUGCCUGGCGUCUGCACCCGGAUAUCGCGGUUCAAGGACUGGAUCAUCAAGAGCACCACUUGACCCUGCCCAACAAGCACGGCAGUCAUGGUCAUCUCGCAGUCUCACUGCAUCACCAAUCGCCUUCCAUGUGGAAGCGACUGCUCUGUCGCGCGCCGUGGGACAAGGUCUGACAUCAUCACUGAUCUGCAACGUUGAAUGGACAAGUUUACGUUGUGCAGAGACAUGCGCACUUCAAGUUUGUUUUGCGUCACCCAAGAGGCGUUGUGGACCAGACUGUCCUACGCGUAUACAAGUCAGAACGCAUUGCACCGCGUGCCUUUUUUUUUUAUCUCGUUACAUUACGCAGAUCACUUGCGUUGACUAUAGUGAAUGCCUCUGUGAAGUGUGUGGCAGUGUGUGCGAUGCUGCGCAGAAAAAAACUGCUUCGCAUUUGUAUUAAUUUUGCAAAGCACACCUGCUGUCAUCGUGCUGUGACACGCAGAGCUAUUCCACAGUGACGCUCCAUGCCUCAACCAUGCAGUCGGAUGCGCACAAAGCUGUAAGUAAUACGCCCACAAUGUGUCUUGAUAAGUUAAGCAACGGACAACGUAAGUAAUGAACCUAAUAUAAUAAAGGAAAUAUGCCGCACAAAAUUCAAGAAUGACUGUCAAGAAGAACCAAGUACUGAACUAAGAGGAAAGAAAAGAACAAAAUAGUGAUUGUCAUCGGAUUAAUUUUUCUCACCUGGUGUUCUUCAACUUGCACUUCAAGGCACGUUGUGCACGAGCAUUCGGAAUGCUGUCCAAAGAGCCGCGAAUCCAAACCGCCAUCUUGCGCUCAAUAAUCAGAACGCCACUACAACUGGGCUACAAUGGCGGGUUGAACUAUAAGCAAUGAUGAUUACUGCUUCUAUACGCGUCAAGCUCCCCAGGUCUGACAAAUGGUGCGGAUCUAAAUCUAUACACAAGUUUAGGCUAGCUGGAAAGUCAACCCGACAAUAAAUCUAACGAAGACAAGAAUCUAUGUCGAAUUCUUUUCCUCAGCAAAAAAAAAAAAAAAAAAAAAUAGAAUAAGCCGCCAGGGAAACAAGCGAAAAAGAAUUGCUGCACGUGGCAGAAGCACAACGGCGAUUUGACGAAUGCUAGUCUAAACAAUUUCAGCGCAGUUGACCUACUCUACCCAGGAAGCCAGUAUUACGAUGUUAUAUUAUAAUGUGAAAAUGCGAAGUAUACAGGAGCUGAGAAGAAUGCAAGAGCCUUUUCAUAGCCUAAUAUAAGUAUCUGAGACCCUUGACUCCCCAAGUCCCGUGAUCCAGGGAGGCAUGCAAAAGAGCCCAAAGCUGCAGGUGACAAAAUAAAGAAAGUAAAUAAAUUUGUGGAUCUUGAUA